UUCUUGUCCUCCGGCCGACUUGGACCUCCCCUCUGACCAACACGUGGCCUUCAUCACCACAACCGUCAAUCCAUCGGUCGCAACCAUCCGCAAUGAUGCAACCCGAGCCCGACAUCCCGAUCGAGGUAGACGCCGAAGAUGAAAUCAGCACCGGAAUACAAUCCUCGACCACGUCGCUGAGUUCCAGUGUGCUGAAAUACGAAUUCAAACAUGGCCGUCGUUAUCAUGCCCACCACAUGGGGAACUACCCAUUCCCGAACGACCAACCCGAGCAGGAUCGACUCGAUAUGAUCCAUCACAUCUUCUACAGGCUGGUGAACGAUCGACUCUUUCUGGCUCCGAUGAACCCUGAUGGAAAGCGGAUUCUCGAUAUCGGCACUGGAACGGGAAUCUGGGCCAUUCAAAUGGGCGAUGACUAUCCAGGCGUUGAAAAGAUCGUGGGAACCGACAUCAGUCCUAUCCAGCCAUCUUGGGUUCCACCAAAUGUAAAGUUCGUCGUUGAUGAUGUGGAGAAGGAUUGGGUGGAGUCGGAGCCGUAUGACUACAUCCACUGUCGGUACAUGGCAGGGUCGAUUCGAGACUGGCCACGGCUGAUCCAGCAAUGCUAUAACAACCUCAAACCGGGGGGAUGGUUGGAGCUACAGGAGUCCAUUAACACCCUCUAUUCGGAAGAUGAGAGCCUCAAACCUGAUAGUUAUAUGGUCAAGAUGAUGGAUGGGCUUAAAGAGGCCUGCGAGAAGAUCGGGCAGACGAUGGAUCCCGCACCUUCGUUUGAAACGUGGGCAAAUGAUGCAGGAUUUAGCACGGUGCAUAAGCUUAAAUUUAAGCUUCCAAUCGGGCCCUGGCCGAAGGAUGCACGGUUGAAGGAGUGUGGCAGCUUCAUGCGGGUGAAUUUUGUCGAGGGCGUCGAGGCAUUUACUGCUGCGUUGUUUACCGAGGUUCUGGGAUGGAAUCAUGAAGAGGUAAUGGAACUGAAUGCUGGAGUCCGCCGCGAGUCAAUGCAAAAGGACAUCCAUCCCAUUUUUGAUGUGUUGGUCAUCGCAGCGCAGAAACCAUUGUGAAAUUUUGAGCAUUUGGUAUGAUGCUUGGGUAUCUGAGUCAUGGUUAUUUGUAAUUUCAUGCAGUAAACCAUUUUUUCAACACUGGCGCCUGAGUUAUAGUAGGGAAAGAGUAAUCCCAGGUCCAAAGAGUGAUGGCUGGGUACAGAGAG